AAGUAAUUUUUUCGUCGCAGGCCUAUUUUGCGGAAAGGGCUCAGGGAGAGGACAAGGUUCAACCAUGGCGAGCCGAGGAGCGAAGGGAGCCGGCGCUGCGGGUGGCGUCCUCAAGGCCUCCGACCUGCAGAAGUUGAGCCUGGAUCAGCUCAAAGCCGUCAAGGAGCAGUCGGAUCUCGAGGUCAAUCUACUCGAAGAUAGCCUGAAGAAGAUUAGCGUCGCCGCCGCCCGCCUGGAGGCGGCGGCGUCCGCCCUCGAUGAUCUCUCCCUCCGACCUAAAGGGAAGAAGAUGCUGGUACCCCUCACCGCGUCGCUCUAUGUUUCCGGAACUCUCGACGAUUCUGAGAAGAUCCUCGUCGACGUCGGCACUGGAUAUUUUAUCGAGCAGAAGACCAUGGCUGAAGGCAAAGAUUAUUGUGUCCGGAAGCUUUCCUUGUUAAAAUCAAACCAUGAUGAGCUCUCAGAGAUGGCGGCUAAGAAGAAAAAUGUAGCUGAUGAAUCAGGACUACUAUUACAAGCCAAAAUCAAGCAGGCAUCCGCAAGUGCAUAAGUUUUAGUUUUUACGACCUACAAAAGACUGUUAAAAUCUGAACCUUUUAUUCAUGAUGUAGUUUGAAGAUGUUAGGAAGUUUUUUGUGGGUAUGUAAUGUUUCCCUUGAAUUCGUUCUACGACUAAAUCUCAUUGUUAUACUUGUGUUGGCGUUCUGGUCCAUAAUCUUAUGCUCUUUGUAGAUGUUUUGUUUUGAAUUAAAUCCAACAUUUGAGCUA